CUCCAACAUACAACUUUCGAUAUCUCUUGAUCUUUUGUCGCGUUGCUACCUUUCAAAAAGCAAUUGAAGUGAAAUCAUGAUCUUCGGCGGCCUGGAGAUAGUAGCCGGCGGUUACUUCGCCCAUAAAUACUACAAGAACAAGAACGAGAAGAGAAGGUUAGAAGAGGAGGCUCGAACGCGGCGAAACAACACGUUCCCUAGCAACAGGCCGUCCAGUUACCCACUCCAACCACACUUCCAACAUCAGGAGCAGCGUCCGGAACAGCAUCGCCCGCAACAUGUACCUUCACCACAGAAGUACGCUUGCCAUGCACCAACACCGCCUCGACCGCAAUUUCAGGCUCAGCCUCGGCCUCAACAGUUGAGACCGAAGACAAGUCCCGCGCAGUCCUUCAACAUACCGCGUCGACCUGUACCGCAGCGUAAACCUGAGAUCGUUGUACAACCAAGUCUGCAGCGCGCUGAUUCCAUGGCAACUCUUUCACGCAUGCCUAUUGCGAACGGGUAUCGACCUUCAAAUCAGGCUGAGCCAACUCCACCUCGACGACCGACGAACAGUCUGUCGCCUAUCCAACAGUCACCGUACGGCAACGCAGCCUUCUCGGUAUCGUCACCUGCAUUUGGCGCAACACCGACGUCACCGCCGAUCAGCUAUGGCAUGGCACCGGACGCUGGAGUAGGAGGACGACAUACAGUGAAUGAUAAUUGGGAGACAUAUGAGCAUGGAGCACAUGGGUAUUCGGCUUAUGCGCCGACGGAAGCCUCGACACAGUUGGGUGAGCGGGAUCCACCGCCUCCAUAUGCGCCUUGAUCAACAAUGGGAUCUUGGGACGUCUACUCUAGCUUGGACGCGGGCGCUCGAGCAUUUGAAGUUUCUUUCUAUUUUCAAUUCUGGAGUUCGUUGGAUUUGCACUUAGUUUAUUAUAAUGGUCCGUAAUCAGUCACGAAGACCGCAGUAAUAAUAUCGCUAUCGAUCAAAAAGGCUCCACUUUUAUAUCCGUUUACGAUACAUUUAUCAUUGAUGAUGUUCUGUCUGGGUGCGAUAUGUAGCAGUAACGCCUGAUCAAGUAUGUGGAGGCGUCAGUCAACGCA